UCUCUUUUCGAGGAAGUGAAACCGCCGCGAUGUAUUUUUGCAUUCUGAGGUGCCAAAGCAAAAUGAAGCGCUGCAGGUCGGAGAGAAAGGUAGCUGAGAAGAGCUGCCGUUACGGUGAGGGGGAAAACCCCCCGUUCACUCUGUGAUAGCUUCUGACAGCGUUUCAAAGUGCAUGAUAGCGUGUGUGCUGGGUUUAGCGGAAUAAAUAAGCCACAGGACGGUUCUUCACCUUGGGUAUUUUGCUUCUCUUUCUGCUGUCGGCAUUAACAAUUGCAAUUCCGUUUGGCGAACAAUGGCCACAGAUGUCUUCAACUCCAAAAGUCUGGCCAUUCAGGCCCAGAAGAAGAUCCUUGGAAAAAUGGUGUCCAAAUCAAUAGCAACUACUUUGAUUGAUGACACAAGCAGUGAUGUUUUAGAUGAGCUCUACAGAGUGACAAAGGAAUACACACAAAAUAAAAAGGAAGCAGAGAAAAUCAUCAAAAACCUUAUUAAAAUAGUCCUCAAAUUGGCAAUUCUCUACAGGAACAACCAGUUUAACCAGGAUGAAAUAGCGUUGAUGGAGAAAUUCAAGAAGAAGGUUCAUCAGCUGGCCAAGACCGUGGUCAGUUUCCAUCAGGUGGAUUAUACCUUUGACAGGAAUUUUUUGUCCAAACUGUUAAAUGAUUGUAGAGAGCUACUUCAUGAAAUCAUUCAGCGUCACCUAACUGCAAAGUCACAUGGACGUGUCAACAACGUGUUUGAUCACUUCUCUGAUUGUGAAUUUUUGGCUGCCUUGUACAAUCCCUUUGGACCUUAUAAACUCCAUUUGCAGAAACUUUGUGAUGGUGUCAACAAAAUGCUAGAUGAGGGGAACAUAUAAGUACAUGUAUUAAAGUUGACUUCCUAUGCAUUAUUUGUAGAUGGAACACUGUUGAUUUAUGAAGGAAUAAGGGAGCAUGCAAAAAGGUUUAUUUUUUACAUUAUGGCAAAUAUUUCCAAAAUACCUUUAUUAAAUUGAUUGCUUAUUAUGAGGUAUCUGUUGCUAUUCACUGUCCAUCUGGAAGAAAGACUGCACAUGACUUUUUUUACUGGGCUUUGCCUAAGGAAACAGCUGGAUAAAGACAAUAAGACAGAACAGUCCAAGUAGAAUAAGAGUCUUGCAAGACAGAUAUACAAAACAAAAAAAUAUGCUGUCAGACAAUCCACAUCUUUCAUAGAUUUACAGAAUUAUUUCUAAACUAUCAGAGUCCAGUAAUGUUGGUAACAGACUAUCAUGGUGAUGGUACCCUCUAUAAUUUCUUUGACUUAUUUGUAAAGUAUAUAUAUUUGAUUCAUUUAUAGUCCUUUAUGCUCUCUGCACGGAUCACAGCUUCCUAGUGUUGCCCUUAUGAGGCAUUCGAUUUUAAAUAGUAUCAGUGAUUCUGUCACGCAGAGUCUUAACAGGCUUUUUCAUCUCCAGCUCAAUGCUGAAAACUUCCUGUCUGCAAGGCUACCAAGUAUAGAUCCUUAUAGACUCGCACAGAUGCUUGCUUCCUUUGAAUAUAUGGGGAUUAUUUGAGGAAUAAGCUACACUAUAAUAGCCUAACUGGGGAAGGGUAUUCCCUAGAAACCACCUGCGGUACCUAAUUUUAACUCUGCCUAUGAUAAGGUAAAACACAGUGACUUAUCUGUGCAAUUCCUUAAGAUAUUUAGACUCCUGCUAAUAGGUCACAAUUCUUUUUGAAAAGGUGUGAGUCAGUAUAUUUUAUACACUAGGCUGAUGUAUAUGAUGAUGUGAAUUCAGAAAGCUUGAUCACCUGAAAAUAAAUUCCAAACCAAUUUGCUUUCUGUACAGUGGAACUAGAAACAGAAAUUAGUUUUAUUGUUGUGUUAUAUACUAUUUAACUAAUGGAAAAAUGGAAUCUUGAAUAAUUUUUUUUUCUUCUUUUCUUCCCUCCUACCUUUCAUCAUUCUUUUUCUCCCUCAUCUUCUACUUGCCUUGCCUUUGGGGAUAAAAAAAUGUGACUUUCUAGACACUGUAAUGUACUUAAAAGCAUGAAGUUAAUACAUUUCAAACACAUAAAGACUUUUUGUUAGGAAGCAUAUAAAGAAUUUGCUGUUUAUUUAAUUGCCAGUGUUUUGCUGUUUGCUGUGUCCUUUUGUUUUAAUGAGUAAACCAAAGAAUAUUUG